AUGGCUGAAAACCUGCCCUCCAACUCCGUUCCAAAAGCAAUGGUCGUCAGAAACGAAUUCUUCAACGAAGGUAUAGCAAAACCAGACACAGGAACUGUGCCAUCCACGUUCAGGCAAGCUGCCGAAGGUGCCAGUCUCCACAACUCUGGUCGAUGUGAGGAAAAUAAAGACAAUGAUGAUGAACAUCUGUCUGACACCAGCGAUGCUGCUGCUGAGAACAGUCAGACAAUCGAUAUCGGCCCUGGUGAGUUCGAUACCUACGCCAUUGCAUACAUAUGCAAAGAACAGGCUAUUCGCAUGAAGAAAGCCGUGGAAGAGACAAAAAACAAACCUUUUCAGGCAACUAAAACGGCGCCCGACAAGAGCAAUGACGACAUCCACUUGGAAACUUCAACUUUCAAGGCAAAUGACAGUAACGUGCACACACAAGCCAGGAAUCCGAACCCGAUGUACACACAAAACAUGAACCCUCAACAGAUGGAUGCCGAAAACGACGUUAACCCCAAUCCGAUGUACCUGCAAAGCACCAUGGAGCCAAUCGCCAGCCCUGGACCCGCCAGGAAUCCAAACCCGAUGUACACACAUAACGCUACAAACACUUCUCCGACGCACUCCAGAAACGACGUUAACCCCAAUCCGAUGUACCUGCAAAGCAGCCCUGGACCCACCUUCAAGUCAAAUAAGAGUGAUGACAAUCCCUGCACUCAGACAUCAGCUGAUACACAUCAGCAAGUUUUCUCCAGGCCGGCGACUAACAACGAUGACAACCAUUGCCCUCAACCAUAUGCUGUAACACGCUGCCAACCAGAUGCAUUUACACAUCAUGAACAUGAUAUUGCUGUUGAAUACGAAGAAGAUGAAACAUUCGGUUGUGACGUAAAGCAAGAGAAGAUCACGUUUGGCGGGUACGGAACAGAACUUGGACAAUUCCGAAGUAUCUCCGGAGUUGCCGUGUCUGCUGACAAUGAGAUAUUUGUGACUGAUCGUGACAACAAACGAGUCCAGGUUUUCAGUACUAGUAUAGAUGGAACCUUACUCCGCUUCUUUCCAGCGGUACUGCCGGGUGAAAGUAACACAAUGCUCGAAGCUCGUGGUGUUGCUUUGGAUGUGGCGCCUGGCUACCUGUGGGUACUGGUAAGCAGAACUGAACAAAAUAAAUGGUUCUUUAGCUUUGUCAAUAAAGAGUAUGUCGUACAGUACAGUAAGAACGGACAGCCCAUCAAAAAGUUUGACGUAAGCCUCAAGGGCGUCUAUCCUGUUAUCGCGAUGGACGUGCGCAACAAUAAAAUUAUCGUGGGAGACAGAAAAACAAUUAUGGUGUUUGAUCCAAACGGCUCUCGCCUUUGGAGUUCAGUGCCUACGGAAUACCAGAUCUCGGGAGUCACAUCGGACAAGGAGGGAAAUGUCCUGCUGACUGAUGGGUAUAAAACCAUCCAGAAGUACAAUUCCUCCGGAGUAAAGAUAUUUGAAUUCGGCACCCGUGGAAAGGGGGAGGGGCAACUGUACUCUCCCAGAGGUAUUUUUCUGGACACCUCUGGUCGCAUCAUUGUGGCGAACGAAUACAACCAUCGGGUAGACAUGUUCACAGGCCAGGGCGAGUUUGUCCGCACCAUCGUGGACAUUAACAUGCCGUGGCGUAUCGCUAUGGGACCAUGUGGAGAGUUGGUGGUGACUAGCCAGACAAACACACACGCUGUAACUAUCUUCCCAUGGCACAUGGUGCUUCCUUGA